UCCCCCGCUGCCGCCAUGUCCAAAAGAAAGGCUGACGGGGAUACUAAAGGAGAUAAAGCCAAGGUGAAGGACGAGCCACAGAGAAGAUCUGCAAGGUUGUCUUCUAAACUCGUUCCUCCAAAGUCAGAGCCCAAGCCUAAAAAGGCCCCUGCAAAGAAGGGAGAGAAGGUCCCCAAAGGGAAGAAGGGGAAAGCCGAUGCCGGGAAGGAUGCAAAUAAUCCUGCAGAGAACGGAGACGCCAAAACAGACCAGGCACAAAAAGCUGAAGGUGCUGGAGAUGCCAAGUGAAAUGUGUGCAUUUUUGAUAACUGUGUACUUCUGGUGACUGUACAGUUUGAAGUACUAUUUUUUAUCAAGUUUUAUAAAAAUGCAGAAUUUUGUUUUACUUUUUUUUUAAGCUAUGUUGUUAGCACACAGAACACUUCAUUGUUUUUGGGGGAAGGAACAUGUGUCACUAACAAAAUGUCUCCCAAGCUGGAUUGAUGAUGGUUGAUGUUGGAAAACAUCUUUCCCUGCUAAUUUUGAAAGACUCCUCUUAACUCUCAGGGGAGACAUCCUGGUGUUGACAUAUGUGACCACCAUGGCCUAGUGUGGGAAACUAAAUUCAUUUCUGUGUCUUCCUCCCCUGGACCAUCAACAUAGACUUAACUCCCUUCAAACCAGAGACCUGUUGAAACCUGACCCCCAAAAUUGGUUUUGCCGGUCUAUCAGGCAAUUUGGACUUUGCAGUGGUAUCAUUGUGUCCUCAAAAGAGCAGCGGUUCCUUUUAUAAAAGAUUGUGGAUCUUCAGAUUGAUAAUUCUGCCGUGUUCGUUUGGUUUCCUGAAAGUCAGGGUCGGGUUGUG